AUGGCCAGAGACAGACUAGCCGCAAUGCGUAACGCUAACCAACCAGACUCCUACUACGAGGACGUGUAUGACUCCUACGGUGAGCCUCCAGCCGCACCAGCCUAUCGAGCCCAGCCCCCCGCAGCCCGGCAGCCAAGAAACGGCCUGCCCAACGCACCCAGCCGGCCCUCACCCUCAAGCUCGAUGGACGAAAAACCAGACUACGACGACUACUACGAACACUCCCAGGUCCGGGCGGCGGUGGAGGACCAGGUGAACGGCGGCGGCGCCGUCUUCCAACAAGCUUUGGCCAGCUCCAACCGCAUGGGAUCUGCAAGGAACGCCCUCAAAGAAGUCCAGUCUCGCGCCGAAGACAUCAAGCGGAUCGAGCAGACGAUCUCCGAGCUUGCACAGAUGUUCAACGAUAUGGCAACAAUGGUCGAGGAGCAGGACGUCAAGGUGCAGCACAUCGAGAAGCAGGCAGAGGCGGCCAACCAGGACGUCGAGGCUGCGUGA